UUCUCUCUGAUCUGCUGUCACUGUGGGCUUUUCUACAUCAGUGGGGCUCGUUGCAUCUCCACAAUGACGACGACUGCAUAUUCUGUAUGAGAGAGAGUGAGUCUUUGGCCAGCUGGCUGGAUGUGUGCAAGUAUGUGUCAUUGAAGAGGAGGAAGAGGAGGAAAAUACCUUAACCCUUCCAUUACCCGUCCCACUGUCUGUCUGUCUGUCUGUCUGUCUGUUUGUACCUCCUCACUGUCUCUUUGUCAGUGGCUGGCCAAGCUCCUCUCCCCUGUGUCCUGCUCUCUACCUGGCCUCCAUGAGUUUAAUUGAGGACAAGCCAUUCCUCCUUGGAAGAUGGGAAACGCUUCAGACACGUCUGCUGUGUUUGCCUCCAGCAUCUCCGAGGAGCAUGACAUCCUCAUGGGCUCGAUCUACAGCGUCUUUUGUAUACUGUCCCUCAUGGGCAACUGCAUUCUGCUGCUUGUUGCAUAUCACAAGCGGUCGACCCUGAAGCCGGCCGAGUUCUUCAUCAUCAAUCUUUCCAUCAGUGACCUUGGGAUGACGCUCUCUUUAUUCCCAUUGGCGAUACCUUCUUCUCUGACACACAGGUGGCUGUUUGGAGAAAUCACCUGUCAGCUCUAUGCAAUGUGCGGAGUACUGUUUGGUCUGUGCAGCUUGACCAACCUCACAGCCCUCUCCUUAGUGUGCUGCCUUAAAGUUGCUUCCCCAGCCAUGGUAACAAGUUCUCCUCGCAGCGCAACGAGGACAGGAACAGCUCGAUGCGUUUCUCAAAUGGACAGCAGGAGAGCUACGGGCCGUGUCUGCACUGCACUGAGACGGCAGCCUCCUGUCACUUGACCGCACCCCAAAGGACUGCCUGCAUCCUGACAGGUUCCACCUACACAGAGGUGACAGUUAGCCAGCUCUCUACAAAACCACAGGCUGAUUUCUUCUAGUGGUACAACUUCCUUCUUUCAUGAAGCAGACGAGACCGGACAGGUGCUCACAAAGACAGAGAGAACACAGGGCAUGGACAACAAAACAACAAAGGCCCCGCACGAGUUACAGUAAGAGUGUGUCGGCAAGACUUGAUAGAAUAGCAUCAUCACAGGCUUGCAGGGCAAUGGCAUCCCUCCUGAAAGUCAGCCCUUUCAUUGUGAAAUUCAAAAUUCAUUGUGAGAUUCAAAAUCAGCAUUACUUCAUCAGAUAUUUGCCACAGAAAUGUAUGCAUGUAAUGUUUUGAUGUCUACAUCUGUGCCAGCUUGUUUCCGGGCUUAUUCUAAUAUACAGUUAUUAAACUGGGUUUUGUGGGGUUUUGCAAAUAAGACUGGAAUGUCCGUCAUUUACACGAAGGACAUUUAGACAAUAAUUUUAACCAAACAGAUUUUUUCAGCACCUACAACACAUUGCAGUUUUUUUUUGUUUUUUUUGAUAUAAUUUAUUUAAAAAUUAAAACAGGGUAACUUGAGAUCACGAUUUUAUAACGAUUAAUCGCGCAAGGCCUUGUCCCAUGGCAUGAAAAUGUCUUUUUAACAUUAAUAUGAGUUCCCUCAGCCUGCCUAUGGUCCUCCAGUGACUAGAAAUGGUGAUAGGUGUAAACCGAGCCCCGGGUAUCCUGCUCUGCCUUUGAGAAAACGAAAGCUCAGAUGGGCCAAUCUAAAAUCUUGCCCCUUAUGAGGUCAUAAGGGGCAAGAUUCCAGAUUUCCCCUUACUCUGAUUUGCCCGCCCAGAGCAUUUGGCCAGCCCAUGAGAGAGAGACAUCAUGGCUUU